UCUUCCUUUCCUGUGGCGGUCCUCAUGAGGGCCAGUUUCAUCAUAGUGCUUGAUGGUUUUUGCGACUGCACUUAAAAACGUUCUUAUUUUCAUAAGGGAACAAAGGACAAUCAGAGCUAAAAAUAUCUUGAAACUGUGUUUAUGUGCAGUACAUCCUACCUGAAAAUCUCUUAAUCUUUAUUCCAACUUUCUACUUGCCUAGCUAGUAAACCUUGCUCUAUCUAUGUUUGUGUUACUGCAGCAGCUGAGUGUCCCCAUAGCUUCUCUGGACCCUGUAGUGUCGACCCCGGCCCUAGCUGUGGCUGGAGCAGGUGGGGUGUCCUUCGCCCAGCCCACUCUCAUUGGGAAUGUGGACCCCUCCAAGGUGGACGAGAUCAGGAGGACCGUCUACGUCGGCAACCUCAACUCGCAGAUCACUACUGCAGAGCAGCUGCUGGAGUACUUUAAGCAGGUGGGCGAUGUGAAGUUUGUGCGCAUGGCGGGGGAUGAGACACAGCCCAUGUGCUUUGCCUUCGUGGAGUUUACCGACCAGAGCAUAGACCUUCAACGGCAUCAUGUUCGGAGAUUAACCAUUCCAACAACGCCAUUGUGAAGCCCCAAGAGCUGACGCCUAAGGCUGCAGCCAAGGAGCUGGAGAACGUGAUGAAGAGGGUCAGAGAGGCCAGUCCACCAUCGCCACCAUCAUAGUAGAGCCAGGACAGAGGCCAACCACAAGGAAGUGAAGAAAUGCUUGUCCAGUCGCUCCUGACCGUCCAGGAGAUCCAGAACAAGGUCGCGGUCUCGCUCCUGCUCGAGAACGAGGAAGAAUCGGUCCCGUUCCAGGCACAGAAGCAGACUCUCUCAGAGGUCGCGGCCCAAGGUCAGCGAGUCCCACAGCUCUCGGGGCGUCCACAAGAGACUCUCGCGCUCCAGAGACAGGCAGAGGAGCCGCAGCCGCUCCAGAUCACGGGCCACAGAAGGAAAAGCAGGGAUCGCUCCAGGAGUCCCAGAAGGAAAGCCAGAUCUCCCUCACCAAAGAGAGGAAAGAAAUACAAAAAGAGGGAGAAAGCAAGGGAUGGUAGCAUGGAAAGGAGGCAGAUGUCCACCAGGAUGAAGAGCAGCAGAGAUAAAGAGAAGAUGGAGUGCAAGCCCAUACCUAUGAAGGUGAGAAGACGGUAUAGUAUAGGUGGUAUUGUGGUAUAGUUACUGACUUCCACAUCCAGCCCUAAUCGUAAGUGCAGUUCACUGUAUUUGUGUCAUAUUGUAGUCCUUUACCGUAUUCUUCAGCGUUUUGUUUUCUGCUUAUCAUCACUGUAAUAAGUUGCAUAAUAUCUGCACGUCCCCAAGCCUGUCUCGGAACACUGACCUACUUCUCACUGACAGCGCUAAAGAGCAACUCUCUGUGAAACUCUAGAAUUGAUAACAAUCUGCAGACAGCUUACUUGGGGUUCUUCACAGCACAUAUACUUUUGACACGUUUUUUAACCAUGGGGGACUUUCCACUGCAAGUGUUGUUUUGUAUAAUGUGUGUGUAGAGUAAACAGUGUUGCGCAUAGCUUAGAUAGAUUUUGGGCCUCACCUAUUCUUUCCUGCAAUAUCUGUUUGUAAUCUUUAGUGUUACAUUGAAGUAUGAAAUACCAAGAAAAAGUAUGUGGUGUGAAAUAGAAUCGAAUGUUCAAAUCAGUAGUUUGAGGUGAGGCAAGCUAAAGGUCUAGGUCUGAGUUUGGCAAAAGGGAAAUUCCACACCAUAGGAGUGGAAAAUAUUUUUGGUAUCUCAGAUUGUUCUGGCAAUUCUCACAUAUAAACUUCAUUGGGAGGAAGGAUGUU